AUGGGAAACGUUAUGGACCACUUCAACGCGGAGCGUUUCGACCCGCGCUACGGGGUUAUCACCACCCCUGACGGGAAAAAGCGAGCCAUGAAGCCUGAAGACUGCCAACCCCGUUACUAUGAGAGAACUUACCGUGAGGGAGACCCCGAGUUGCCGGAAGACCCAGAAUUUCCCGCAAGGCUGUUGAAGGCAGCGCAAGACCAUGACUGGCAGAUCGAAAACGGGGCCGAUGGAGUUUCGAUCAUGUACCCCGGUAAGAGACAACCGAAACUGUGGGUUGGUCAUGUUCGUGUCGUCAACCCCGAGGACCGAAUCUGCCCCGAGAACGGAAACGCCAACAUGUCGCUGGACGACUUGAUCCACCACGGACUUAUAACCCCAGUCUACAAGACCACAGGAGCGGCAGCCGUUCCCGCGGAAGGCAAGCACGGCAACUCUGGUGAGGGCAUGAACCAGGCGCAGCAGAUGCCUCUGUCCAGUUCCCGGCAACAAUCUGCGGAGAAUAAGCGUCUAGCCGAGCAGCAUUUGAGAAUGUCUGUAAAUGAAAGAAUGAAGCUGUACAGCGGAACAGCACAGCCGCAGCCCGACAGAAACGAGACGGCUGCUUCAGCUCACUUUCCCCGCGCCAAUCCGUUCAUGCCGUCGGGUGUUACUCAGCCGUUUCCUUCGAUGUUUGGAGCCCCAGCUACCCCGUUCCCGAUGAAUCCUACGGCAUUCCCUCAACCUCAGACCUGCGGCGUUCCUCCUUCAGUGAACCAGCCUCCAUCCGCGGUUGCGACAGGCGUGUAUCCCCCUCUCCUGCCCAUCUAUUGA